AUGCAAUCUUUAAAAUGGACUGAAUUCCUGUAAGAAAUAGGAGAUUCUAAAGACUUAGACUUAAAUGAGGAACAACUUAAGUAAAUUGUCAAGUUCCCUAAACAGAAAAUGACUUUUUAAUAAUUAGAACAUUAUUUAAGCAAUGAAUUUAAAGUGCAUUUUAACUAAGAUAGCAAUCGAAGCAAAUGGCAUGAAAAAGAUAAAUACUUGUUUAUUUGGUGUGUUGCUAAAUUAGCUGAGAAGAGAAACUUACAAUUCUAUGAAUUGGUAUUUAUAAAGCAUAUGUUUACACUCUAGCAUCACAAAGGUGUCUUCGCAUAUUUUGAAAAAGUAUUAGAUCUUCCAGAGUAAUUUCUUCUGGAAAAAUGGAUGAGUCUUUUAAAGCAAACCUUGAAAUAACUACCAUGGACUCCAGAAGAAGACUAAAUAUUGAUUCAAUUAAGAUAGUAUUUAUAAAUAUCAAUGAAGGAAAUAUCCAGGCAACAAAUGGACUAUAAUAGCUAAGGAAUUUACUUACUUAACAAAAAAUUUAAGAUAUUAAAAGUAGAUACGUGAACGGUAUAAUAAUGUGAUAAAUUCCAAAAUCAAUAAGUAAAUCUGAUUAAUAUUUCAAUAGGAAGCCUUUCUCACAUUAAGAAAAAUAUGCACUUAUGCUUUACGCUAAGAAAAUGAACAAAAAUUGGUCUGGUAUUGCAAAACUGAUGCCAGGGCGGACUGAUAAUAAAAUUAAGAACUGCUAUAAUUCGAUUAUGAAAAAAAUUGCAAAAAAAAUCCAUUUAGUAUAUUUUUCAAAUAUCUUAGAAUGAAUUAAAUUCUUAAAAAGAGAAGUACAUCUUAAAGUUAAUCAAAAAAUAUCAUACUUGUGAUCCUGACGAAUUAGCAAGUCAGAUAGAAAAAGUUUAAACAAAUUUGAGUUCCUUAAACGAAAGCCUUAACACCUUUAACGAGCAGCAUCUUAUAUCUCCAAUUCUUCCAAGCUUUUAACCAAUAUAACUCAUAUAUCCCUUUUGCUAUUUUUAACCAAAUAUAGGAUUUCCAAUGUAAUUUUUUCAAUGAAGC